AUGAUCAGUUCAUCUUCGGAUUCUGAGGUUGAUUGGAAUAAAGGCAACAAUGUUAAUGGGGAGGCGAAGUUUAAUGAAUCUUUGGUGGAGGAAUUUGUUUUUAGUGAUGAUAAUAAAGGUAAUUUGGAAGAUUUGGAAAAAUAUUCCGCUAAAGUAGAAGAUUCCUCUGUUGACACAUUCUUUAAACCAAAUAUCUCGGUUCGGAAGAAGUUUGGUGUGGUUAAUAGAUGGCCCAAGAUGAAAUCAAUUUAUGAUAUAACAGGUCCUUUAUCCAUUAAGCGGAAGUGGGGAAAAAAGAGAAUGUUGCAAUUGGUGGAAUUACAUCAAACAAAUCUUGAAAUCAACAGGGAAGAGCCGGUGGCAGUAUCAUCAUUGGUUUGUGCUAAUAAAACGGAUGAUCAUAGGCAGGUUGUAGUUCAGAAACAACAUUCUUCUAACUCAAUUGGUUCAGAGGAUAGGUUUUCAGGCGGAGUAAAGGUGAAUGCAAAGAAUCUCGAUUCAAAUAUGGGUGAAAAGUUAUGGAAGGUGAUUUCUAAUCUUGGUGGGGACUCUUUAAAGGAUUACAAGAAGAUAAUCGAUGAAAUGGAGAAAUCUGAUAAAGCCAAAAGGGUGGGAAUGACGGUGAAUCUGAAAUUGUUAAAAUGA